GAAAAGGAAGAGUACAUAAGAAAUCUGUAUUUCUGAGACUGGAUCUUUAUAUCACCCAAAAGAUGCCAUUCAUGGUUGAGGGAUUUUUACAGGUGUUGUGAAGACCCCAAGAUCUGCAAAAAGUUUUCUAAACUAUAAGAAAAUAACUCUUCCUCCUAAUGCAAAAACCACACAUGAAGAAGAACAAUAAAUAAAAACAAUUGUGGGUAUGGGGAGAUGGAAAGAAACAUUCUGGGAAAAAAGACGGUUGAUUGAAAUUUUGAAGAAAAGUUCUCACACUGCAAUAUUUAAUUGGGGAGAUCAUUUUUCCUGGUAACUUCUAAUGCUGAAUUGUGAAAGUGGUGUUCAAGGAUCUUAAAAGCGGAUCCUGUACCUGCAAGAAUAUGCGAGGAAGAAAAAGAAGUUCUAAUGCUGAUUAUAUGAUCUUGGUCCACACAAACCCUUUAACUUUGUUUCUGCAGACCUCAUAGUUAUUAGACAAGGAUAGGUUUUCCUGAGAAGAAAAAAUAUUCCAGAAUCCCAAGUUCUGAACAUCUAGCGUCAUUACUAAAAACAAAAGCAUUUUCUCAUGGGAAGGAUUCUUAUAAUUAAUUCCAAAACCUUAUUAAUUCCAAAACCAUCUGGAGAUAUAACUUCCCAAAAUCAAGCUUCUAAUUACUUUUUUGCCACUUAUCCCCCACAAAUAAAAUUUUUGUUUUUUAAAAACAUCCUUAAAAAUUGCAUUUCUACUUUUAUUAAGUACUUAUAAAUAAAACUACUUUUAUUAAGGUUUGAAAGAAACUCAACCACUGUUUUUAAAUUUGUUGCUCUAAAAGAUUCCUAAAACCUAAAAAUUUAACACCAAUUUUCUGAAAGUGAUUUGAGAAGAAAGUAUGUGUACCCAAUUUUAUUUUAUUUGGAUCGUGGUUUGUGCAAAAAGAUUAUUCCCUUGUGUCGCAAAGCUCUAAUUCUGGAGACUGCUGUCUUGCAAGUAUUCUCAUGAGAAGCAACCGUCUGGAGCACUUCUGGGUAACCUCAUUGACUCUGCUUUUAGUAGAGUCAGUCUUCAGUUGCCAUUUCCCCCCCGCCCCCAGAAGUCGCUUACUCUAUUAUAUUAGAUGUAUGGCUUGCAAUAAUACAUAAGAGUGCUUACAGCACCAUUUCCCAGUUUGAUGCCUUCCAUAUCACGUUGGACCAUAAUUCCCAGAAUUCCAUUAAGCACUGCCGUAGUUCCCAUUAUAUUUGAAGAACCUCAGGUUUGCUGGGAUGCCAGGCUCAGAAGCAUCCCAUCAAAAAACCUAGAUUAAAGAAUCUUUAGUGGGGGGAAAUAAAAAAAGACAUUUUGUUUCCCCUUUUCCUUCUUAGAAUUCUUCUGUAAUACGAACCUGUAGGCUAGUUAUUUAGCUGCCAUGGCAACAUCUUCCAAGUAUUAUGGAAUACCAAGGGUCCUUUGAGGGCAAGUAUGGCAUUACUCAGGGGGACCUCAAUACCUGAGAUAGUUGCAGAACCCAGAUUUGGGGGGGGAGGGGAGACACUUAAAAAGAAACAUUUAUAUAGAAGAAAUAUAUCUACAGAAUAUAUAUGAUUCUUUCCAAAAUAUCUUCUAUAUUCAAAUAAAUAUUUCAAUGAAAUGUUUGAUUUGAAUAUAUAAAACAGAAAAUGAAAACUUAAUUGAAAUAAUUUGCAAACCAACUAAAUUUGUACUGCAGUGUGUUAUCUCAUUUUCUAUUAAGAUGAAUCUUGCAUUUGUAAAGGAUGUCAUGGAUUUGCUCUAGACAAUAUAAAUAUAUAUAUAUAUAUAGACGUGUUUUCGACACAAACCUGAACUUAAUUUCCUUGGUUUGCUUUUAGCACAUUAUACUUGAUUCACUCAGAAGACUAUUGAAGUGGAACUAUUACUGAACAUCAUUGAAUUUGUUCAGAAUUCAAAUGACAGGGACUCCAUUAGUUAAGAAUUACAAAAGGCUCUGUGAAUGCAAACCAAGCAUUUGGGAGAAGGGUAAGUAUGUGUAUGUGUGAAAUUAUGAUUUACAGUUUUGAAAGGGAUUCUAAACCAUGGGAACAAACAAAUAUGCUACAAAACUGAAGGCAUUAUUUGCUAGCGAAUCUGAAGGGAAUCAAGGGGCAAAUAUUUUCAUUCCAAACAAAAUCAUAGCCUAUAGUUGUGUGUGUGUGUGUGUGUAUACACACACAAGAAUAGAAUAGAAUAGGACAGAACAGAACAGAGUAGAGUAGAAUAGAGUAGACUAGAAUAGAAUUCUUUAUUGGCCAAGUGUGAUUGGACACACAAGGAAUUUGUCUUUGGUUCAUAUGCUCUCAGUGUACAUAAAGAAAAAUAAAAUGCAUCCAUCAAGAAUAAUAAGAUACAAUACUUGGUGAUAGUCAUGGGUUACUAAUAAGCAACCAAAUGAUACUGGGAAACAAACAGAACAACAUAAAUCGUAAAAAUACAAGCAACAUGGUUAUAGUCACGAGUGGGAGGAGAUAGGUAAUCAUAAGAUACAACACUUAGUGAUAGUCAUAGGUUACUAAUAAGCAAUCCAAUUGUACUAGGAAACAAACAGAACAAUAUAAAUCUGACACAGAUUUAUAUGCUGACAUAUACAUUGGACAACAGCUCCCAUCAUCCUCAGCCAUCAGCCAGGCUUGUGAUCCAGUGCCUCUGGAGGGGGCCAGAUGGAGGGAAGCUUAUUUAGAGCUCUCAUGUACGUUAAAGAGCAGAGAUUAUAUUUAAAGCCCAUUGCAUAACAAAGGUUACAGAAUGCAUUCCAUCUCUGGAAUUGUGCUUCAUUUUUUUAAUUAAUUAAUUUAUUUAUGUAUUAAUUAUUGCAAAGCAGAAAACAGCUUAUUUGGGGGGGGGUGCCAAUGAUUAACAGGCUUUGCAGUCAUUUCUGCCCGAGCUGCUUUAUUUUCCUGCUUCUUAAGACGGAACCUGCUUAUUUGGCAGUUCCUCAAGUUACUCCCCUCAGGCAGCUUGAGCCAGUAAAACUGGAUCCUUUCAUCUCUGUGGAGCUUACUGACAAUCAGCCGUCUGGUUUCCUAGGAAACGCAAUCUUGGCUAGAAAUAGUGAAUCAUUUCCAGGUCACUUUCAACAUGGAGAGUGGAGCAGGAAGGCAUUGGACUGAGGAGGAGGUUAAAGCCUUGCUAAGCGUCUGGUCAGAAAAAAAUAUCAGAAAGCAACUCCAUGGGACCUUACGGAAUAAAGGGAUAUUUAUUUACAUUGCUAAAAGGCUUCAGGAGUUGGGGAUCUGCAGAGACUGGAAACAGUGUCGGGCAAAGUAUAAAAACCUGAAAUAUGAAUAUAGGACAGUUAAAUAUGCCCACAACUCAGGAGAUGCUACCAAGACUAUGAAGUUCUUUCAUGAGCUGGAUGCCAUAUUGCAACAUAAACCUGUCACCCAGUUAACAGAGGAGGAGAACGGCAGGUGUUCAGCCAAUGACAUCAUAAAUGCCACCAAGGAGAACAAUGAAGGUGAAGUCUCAGUUACACUGGAAGAAGAAGAAGAAGAAGAAGAAGAAGAGGCUUCAACCAAUCCAUUGCUUUUUAUUUCCCAUUGCAGGCCUAUUGAACUAGGUAAUACAUAUCUGUGUCUCUCUCCUAUCCUACCUGAUGCAGGUAAUUCAACCACAGUUUUAGAUGCUUCCAAAAAUCUCCCCUUCAUUCCUUCUGUAGCAAACGAAGGAGGAAAGCAUUGGACUGUUAAUGAAGUAAGAGCUCUAAUACGUAUCUGGUCAGAAAAGAGCAUUCAGCAACAACUGGAAGGAACAGUCAGAAACAAAAGGAUAUUUGAACACGUUGCUGCUAGACUACAAAAAUUUGGAAUUGACCGGGACUGGAAGCAAUGCAGAACAAAAUAUAAAAAUCUAAAGCAUGAAUACAAGAGUGUUAAAGAUGCCCAGUACUCGGGCAACACAAGCAAAACGAUGAAGUUUUUCAGAGAAUUGGAUGCUAUUUUGGGACACAAUGCAGAUAAAGCAAGCAGAUGCCAUAAUGGCUACGGUGAAAAACCAACAGAAUGGAUAAAGACCACAAUAGAAAAAAAAUUAAGAGGUGAAGAGGACUUUAUUAGUAACACAUCUGGAGACACUAAUACAAGGAAAAUGCCAAAUGCAGUGAUACGCAGCACAGCAGAAAGAGAUAACUCUGGGCACUUGGGAAAACCCAAUUCCACACUUAGAAGGGAGCAUAUAAAAGAAGAAAUGAUUGAUUCAGUAAUUCAGGAAGACAACAAUUCCAUCAAUAUGAUUCCAGAGUUCCCACACAUAAAGCAAGAACCAAUUGACAUAGAUGAUGAUUCAGUCAGCACAAUCUCAGAGGACACAUCUGGAUUCUCAGUGUAUAAACAGGCACCUGGGACAGACAAUCAGAUGACCUUGGAUGAAGCCCAAAAUCACUUUAGAGUUAUUACGGUCAAUGACACAGGAGCAGGAAAACAUUGGUGUGACAAUGAAGUCAGAGCUCUAAUAAAUAUAUGGUCAGAUGAGAAAAUACAACAAAUGCUUGAAGGAGCAACAAGAAAUAAAGAAAUAUUUGAGGACAUUGCCAAAAGGCUAAUGAAAGUUGGAAUAGACAGAGACUGGAAACAGUGUCGUACAAAAUACAAGAAUUUGAAAUACGAGUAUCGAGCGGUGCAGAAAGAAAACAGUCAGCUUGGUAGUGCAAGCAGGAAGAUGAGAUUUUACGAUGAAAUUGACUGCAUUUUGAGGAACCAGCCCUCAGAGACCCUUACAGAAGUUAUCACAGACCAAGUACCACUGAGGGUCAAGAGGAAGGUCUCUGAAGAAGAACCCUCACCUAUUCAAUUUAAGAAAAGCAUGUCAGAGAAUACAACAGUGCAAUCACAAAUAUGUGUAUCUGAGGGCUUGCAGUCUGUUAUCAAAAACCGAACAACGUUUUUAGAGAGAUUUUACAAGCAGGAAGAGAUGCAAGAUAUCAGAAGAAAACCACUGGACACUGCCCUUCCCCCCCUGCAACAGGUUUGUUUAAUAUUUUUACUUUAUUAAGGGUGUUGGGCAAAGAGGGCAAAUAAAUGAAUUGCUGACAUGUCCAAUAGAAUAGAAUUAAGUUCAACUUUCAGUAGCUUCAAAGACCUGCUAUGAAACAAAUAGUAAAAUGUACUCCAAGAUAGAAAUAUGUAAUCUUAUAUUUGCAGGGCAAUAAGACCCACUGACUCAAGAAGGAUUAUGUGUCCUCGGCAAGUAGAAAUAUAAUCAGACAAAGAAAUGAUGUAUAAAAAUGCAAAAAUAUUGACUGCUCACUUAAUUCUCCCAGAAAUAGAACUGUUUUAGUCAGCUAAGCAAAAGAAACUAGCAAAUAACUCAGUCACAGAGUCUAUAUGAAUCAGAAACCACAAGACGUGUCUAAUAAAAGAAGAUGCUAUGAUAGCUCAGCCAUUAUUUUAGAAAAAAAAACCCAUAGGACUGAAUUAUGUAAGCUAUUUUUCACUAAACAGAUAAAUUUUAUUGUUUUCAAAUCUGAAAAUGUACUCUCCUCUCAAUUUUGCAGGUUUUCAUUUUAAAAGUUGUUUUCUAACUACAAAACUAUUUAACUACAUUUUAUUUGUUCUAAAUGCUUUUUUAAAAAUGGAUUCCUGACUCCCUCUCCCUAUUUGGUGCUUUAGUAUUAUUGGUUGCAAAACAACAUACUAUUUUUUAAGAACAAUGGAUGUUGCUAAUAAGAAUUAGAGACAUUUAUCCAAGCAAUUUAAGUACUGAAUUGACAGUGAAUCUGCUGCUUUCUUUCCUCCUCAAAUAAAUUGUUUAUUUAAAACAGGGGUGCCAAAAAUGAGACAUGGGACAUCCCUUCAGAUACUUACAUGGUGCUCUCUGAGCUUGCUUGUUUUCUUGCGCAUGUUUCAUUACCCUAACUAGGUAACACUAGCACUGAUGAUGUUACCUGCUGGUAGUUAGGGUAAUAAAAUGUCUGCAAGAAAACAAGCAAGUUCAGAGAUCAUCAAGGAUCCCUCAUUUCAACCCUGAUCUAUAAAUAUUCUCCUUCAUUGAUACUUAAAAGUACUCAUUUACCUGUUAACCUAAUUAACACACCCAGCUGGUUGAAAUUGGGGGCUAGCUAAGCAUAGUUUUCUUCUUGGAAAUGUCUCACAGCCAAACUAGGUAACAUCACCAGUUUGUCAUAUCUUUGGUAAUGAAAUACUUUCCAGAAAGUAAAAAAACCCUCAGCAAACACGAAGAUUCAACAUUUCAAACCCUGAGCUAUGCAUGUUCUCCAUUAGUGGGUUGCUACCGGUUCAGGCGAACUGGUAGCAGCAGCAGCCCAGACAUCAUCAACUACGCUCUGUGCAUGUGCAGAGGUGGCGCACGCGCGACUGAACAGGUAGUGAAACCCACCACUGAUGUUCUCCAUUACUGACAUCCCAUUUAAAACAGGAAAGGACGUGCUUUAAGUUCAUUAAGAGAAGCAUGAUGUUGCUUAUCCAAUAUGCCUUAAAACCUGAGGUUAUUUUCAUUUAACGUUAUUUUCUGUUUAAGCUUAAUCUUCUCCUACUGCAUAAAUUGAACUGCUAAGCGGUUACUUAAUAAUGACAGGUGUUCCAGAUUUGACUUCUUAUUCCAGAUAAGAAGUCCUUAAUCUAUUAGACUUGUAGAGGCUUCUUCUGGUUAAUUGAUAGGCAGACCUUCAUUGAGCAAACAAGAGACUUUGAUCACCAUAAGCAGCCUCACUUCACUAGAUCAGUGGCCCCCAACCUUUCGGGCACCAGGGACCUGUUCCAUGGGGAGAGGAUUUUCCGUGGACCAAAGGGGGCGUGGUUUUGUGUGCUACCUGAAUUGUGCAGAUGGGGUUCGUGUCUUUGCGUGGCCCAGUUUCUGGCAUGCCUUGGACCAGUACCGGUCAAUGGACUGGGGGAUGGGAUAGAUAGAUAGGAGAGGAGAGGAGUAGAGAUAGAGUAGAGUAGAGUAGAGUAGAGUAGAGUAGAGUAGAGUAGAGUAGUAUAGACAUAGAUACAGUUUACAUUCUAAGUACUGUAUCCUUAGCCUUUAUUUGGUGAUACAAAAAACAAAACAACCUAUUCAUUUUCCAUUCCAAGGGAAACCAACCACUUAUUUUGAAAUGAUGAUGAUCCCAGUAGAAAGAAAAUUAGGCCUACCAAAAUCUCGCACCACUGUCACAACAGAUCCUUCACACAAUGGACUUUUCUUAGUCACCAUUUUCAGGGCUGCAGUAAGCUCAAUAAGCUAAACAAGUGCAAAUCAGGUUUCCAUUUCAAGUCAUUCACAGACAAAGGUCAGAAAGGAUUACUUUAAGUCAGUAUUUUAAAAUGUUAAUGUUACUAUUUUUUUUUCUUGUGGAGGUGUAAUAAAACAUAAGGUUGCAUAUAUAUUUUUUCUGAACGUCAUGGGGAACAAAUCUCUGUAAGUAACGUUAAGUGAACACAGGGGAAAAAAUGAUAUUUCAAUAGAUACAUUUUGUAAAAAACAUGAGAAAUCUUUUGAGAAGAUGUUACAUUGUUAUUUUUCAACAAUGUCAGGAAAGUAAAACAUUUGAAGCCAUAGCACUAAGGCCACGAUUAAAAAGUAUAGACUUUCCCUUUUUUUUCUGCAAAAAAAAGAAUAUGUUCCAUUCCAAAGAAAUCUUAACCAUGCUGACUAACUGCCAAACUAUUCUGAUUGGGGAAAUGUAGAAUACAUUCAGAACCUCCCACGAUCCGUGACUAUCCUAUUCUUGCCAAAAUGCAUUAUUUCUCAGAAUGAAGUAUCUUCUAGACAAAGAUUAACAAGCCUAAAACUGGUUCCAAAUGUUACAGACCAGUUUCGGUCAAGGACUUCCAUGACGUUUUUUCAUAUAUUGAGUAACACAGACUAAUUGCCCGAACAAGACUAAUAAUAAUAUGGUCUUGCUUAUACUUUAUUGAGAAUUCCAGUUUUAAAACCAUUCAAGGGUAGUUUGAGGUGAUCUUCAGAGUAGCCCCAAUACUCAAGUGCAUUAGAAGAGGAAAAAUUCCUGUAAAAGAAAUCUCAUUAUUGUUAAAAUAAUAUAAAAUAAUAUAAAAGUUAGAAAAAAGGGGAAAAAAGUAUAGUUUUCAAGAAAUUAAGACUCAUGACACAGAUUUUAAAUAUAUUUAGGGCAUAAUUUACACAGGGCACACAUUUCAUUUGUGCAUCAUUCACAUUGAUGGGGAGAUUUUGAGGGUUAAAGCACCACAUAAGUUAGAGCCAUUUUAAAUUAUCUGAAAAGUAUGCUUCAGAUAGGAAAUUCCAUAUACAUACACAGGAAGGAAUUAUUUUAUGUAUCUAUACAAAAUAUUCCCUAAACUUUACGUCCAAAUGAAUCAUAUGAAAUACUCCAACUUCUGCUAAUAGGAGAUAGAUAGAUAGAUAGAUAGAUAGAUAGAUAGAUAGAUAGAUA